AUGGCACAGGCGCAAUGGCAGGGGACACCUCAUGUCAAGGGCUCGAGCGAGUCUAUGCAUNUCACAUGGGGCACUGAGAUGACCUAUUGCACUCCAUAUCUACUGCAGCUUGGGCUUACCAAAAGCAAGCUCUCGCUCGUUUGGAUCGCUGGACCAUUAUCAGGAUUGAUCAUGCAGCCAAUUGUGGGUAUCAUGGCCGACAAGAGCACCAGCAAAUGGGGUCGUCGGCGACCGGUAAUGGUGGGUGGUACGGUCAUCGUGAGCAUUUGUCUCUUGGUCCUGGGCUGGACCAAAGAGAUUGUUGCUGCAUUCGUUGAAGAAGGAGAACUGGUUGGUCAAACUCCAGCGCUAAAUUAUGAUUUGAGAACAUAUUUUGACAUUCAGCAGAGGCGUGAGGCGACCAUAUUUCUGGCUGUUCUGUCUAUCUAUGCUCUUGACUUCGCGAUCAACGCUGUACAAUCAUCAUGUCGCAGUCUUAUCGUAGACACUUUGCCCAUCCCAAAGCAACAGUUGGGCUCCGCCUGGGGUAAAAUGGUGGCUGUUGGCCAUCUUAUUGGUUAUGGCGCUGGAGCCCUGGAUCUGGGCCUAAUCUUCGGAACCCUCAUUGGCGACACUCAAUUCAAACAGCUUACUGUCAUCGCCGCUGUAGCUCUCAUAGUGGCUAUUGGAGUCACCUGCUGGGCUGUCGAAGAGCGCGUACUUAUUGCUAAAGGGUUCGGUUCACACUGUCUUCCAUUGGGUCUACGACUGACUUUGAGUACAGAGNAAGGCGUCAAGGAUGAUGGUAUGGUUGCGGUGCUUGCGCAGAUUAUCAAGACUACCAGAAAUCUACCCAGACGGAUCCAAAUGAUCUGUUGGAUCCAAUUCUGGUCGUGGAUCGGCUGGUUUCCGUUCCUCUUCUACAGCACUACAUGGGUUGGAGAAAUCUACCUCAGAUACGACGCGCCUCCAGAGGUCAAGCAAUCCAAGGAUCCGCUGUCAGACAUUGGGCGCAUUGGAAGCAUGUCGUUGAUCGUGUUUUCCUUUGUCACGUUCGUUGGCUCAAUCACGCUUCCAUGGAUGGUCAAGUCUCCUGAAGAUGACAAACCGGACUUUACCCCCAGACCUCCUGCAAGUAUUGCUCCUAUUGUCAAAACGGUUGUGGAGCGCAAGCCCAGCCUUUUGACUGCCUGGACGGUGGCACACCUUAUAUUUGCAGGAUCGAUGAUAUUCGCACCGUUCGUCACAUCACUACGCUUUGCAACAACUCUGGUAGCAAUCUGUGGAAUACGCGGCAGUCACCAUUACCAAAGAGUGUCCGAUGGCUCUAUUGAGAUGAAUUCGGAGGCUAGGAACGUAGAGAAGUCCGACGAAUCUGCCACCGGCGAGCUUGCUGGUAUCUAUUUGGGCAUCCUAAACCUCUAUACAACACUACCCCAGUUUAUUGCGACGGGUAUCUCGAUGGUCGUAUUCACAGUUCUUGAGCCUGGCAAGAGCCCGGAAUUGGCAAAGGAUGCACACCCUGACGAGCAUCACAGUACAGAGGGGUUCAAUGGCAUAGCG